AUGUUCGCGGGACGUUUAAAGUAUUUUUUAAAUGCUUGGAAAACAAUCACUGAGGAUAAAUUUGUCCUUCAGUGUGUUAAAGGGUAUAAAAUACCUUUCGAAUCACCCCCUAUACAAACUUGUCCACCACCUGAAAAGGUUUGGUCGGACCUAGAACUAGCAGGUGUCCAAUCAGAGGUCAAUAAACUGUUGAUAAAAGGUGCGAUUAGAGAAGUGGAAGAGGUUCAAGGACAAUUCUUGUCACCGUUCUUUUUGGUCCCCAAGCCUGAUGGUCAACAGAGGUUUAUUCUAAAUUUAAAGGGUCUGAAUAAAUUUAUCGAUACAGAACACUUUAAGCUUGAAGAUCUUAGAUCUGCUUGUAAUCUUUUAGAACGAGGUAUCUUUAUGGGAACGGUGGAUCUUAAAGAUGCAUAUUUUUUGAUCCCAGUAUGGAAGCCACAUUGUAAAUAUUUGAGAUUUAUUGCUCAAGGAAAAUAUUAUGAGUUUGUUUGUCUACCUUUUGGUUUAUGCACGUGUCCAUUGACAUUCACCAAGUUGAUGAAGCCAGUGAUAAACUAUCUUCGCUUGAAAGGGUUUCUGUCAGUUAUAUAUUUGGAUGAUUUUCUAUGUUUAGGUCACUCAGUUGUAGAGUGCAUUGAGAAUUUAACUCAGACGGUCAAAUUACUUGAGAAGUUAGGUUUUAUUGUAAAUUUUGAAAAGUCCAAAUUGGAGCCCGAGAGGAAAUGUAGAUAUUUAGGGUUUAUGUUAGAUUCUUCUAUGAUGAGAGUAGAACUUCCAGAGGACAAAAAAGUUGUAGUACAAAAACAGAUCAAGGAUCUGCAAAAGAAAAGUACAGUCAAAAUUCGUGAGUUUGCAAAAGUUAUCGGGUCAAUUGUAGCGUGUUGUCCGGCAGUUGAGUAUAGUCUGUUACACUGCAGAUCUUUCGAGAAAGCUAAAACUCGAGCCUUAGAAAAGAGUGGAGGUUCUUUUGACUCAGUUAUGGAUUGGUGGUUAAAAACUUUACCAAAUGCUAGCAGGAAGGUGAGAAAUAAUCAAUAUGAGAGAACGAUCUACUCGGAUGCAUCAUUGUCUGGAUGGGGUGCUUUUUGUGAUGGUGAAAGCGCCAAUGGUUUAUGGAGUCUGGAAGAGAGAAAACUUCACAUAAACCAUUUGGAACUGAAAGCGGCUUUAUUAGCAUUGAAAUGCUUUGCAGCGGAUCUGAAGGACACUGAUGUUUUGAUUAUGGUGGACAACACAACUACAUUGGCUUAUAUCAAUAGAAUGGGUGGUGUCCAUUAUGCCGGUCUUCAUAAGUUAGCGUGUGAGCUAUGGGAUUGGUGCGAAGAUAAAAAAUUAUGGGUUUAUGCAUCUUACAUCCCAUCGAAAGAAAAUGUAGAGGCGGAUCGGUCAUCAAGGAUCGAUAAUUCAGACGCAGAGUGGGAGUUAGCAGACUUUGCAUUUGAAAAAAUCGUUAAAAGAUUUGGAAUGUUGGAAAUUGAUUUGUUUGCUUCUCGAAUCAAUACCAAAUGCGCGAUUUAUUGUUCAUGGAAGAGAGAUCCAGAAGCCUACGCGUUUGAUGCCUUCACAGUUAGUUGGUCUGAUUGGAUAUUCUAUGCCUUUCCCCCUUUUUCUAUCAUAACUAAAGUAAUUAAGAAAAUUAAAGAUGAUAAAGCAGAAGUCAUUUUAGUUGUACCUCACUGGCCGACGCAAGUUUGGUUUCCAGCAUUUAAAAAAUUAUCAAUUGAAGACUGGGUCACGUCAUCAUCCCCUUGCCACAAAACUUACCCUGGUUGCCGCCAGGCUAUCAGCCAAGCACUGCUAGGCAAAGGUAUGCCCAAAGAAGCAGUGGAGAUUUUAUUAGCUUCACUGGCUGAUUCAACUUUAAAAAAUUAUAAUGGAACUUUGAAGCUUUGGUGGAAUUGGAAUGAUGAGAGUGAUGGCAAUCCAUAUGAGGUAUCUGGGGAAAAGAUUCUAAAAUUUUUAACAAAAAGAUUCAGUGAUGGAGUUGGUCACAGCACAAUAAAUUUGGCCAGAGCAGCGUUAUCUUUAAUAUCAAGCGAGGAUGUCUCAAAUAAUCCUUUAAUAAGUCGUUUUGUUAAGGGAGCGUCGAAAAUUAGACCUGGAGGGCCUAAAUAUGAAUCUACUUGGGAUGUGGACCCAGUUUUAGCCAAAUUAGAAUCAUGGGCUCCAGUAGAGGAAUUAUCCCCGAAGAAACUGACGGAGAAGUUGGUUGUGUUGUUGGCAUUAGGUACAGCACAUCGUUGUCAAACUCUGGCAUUGAUAAAGAUUUCUAAUAUUAUUACUUCUGAGUCUGAAGUUGAAAUUAGAAUUCCUGAAAGAAUUAAAACUUCACGACCAGGAGCUCCGCAGCCAGUGCUAAGCCUUCCGUUUUUUCAAAACAAGCCUGAGCUAUGCAUAGCUAGAACAUUAAAUCAAUACGUGACAGUAACUAAAGAUCUUCGGGGGAGUAACGAUUCUUUAUUUAUUUCACUCAAUAAGCCAUAUGGUUCAGUUAAGAGCGAGACAAUUGCUCGGUGGAUAAGGACAGCGUUAGAAUCACUAGGAGUUGAUAAAAGAUUCACGGCACAUUCUACUAGACAUGCAUCGACUUCUCGUGCACAUGAAAAAGGUGUCAGUAUUGACGAAAUAAAAAAGGUGGCUGGGUGGUCUAAAAACUCUAAAGUUUUUGCCGAUUUUUACCACCAGCCAAUAAAUAUUCGUGACAAAAAUUUCGCAGAAGCGGUAUUAACGCCCAGCACAUAG